AUGGCGCGCUCUAUCGUCGCUCUUGCUGUGGCUGUCAUCCUUGCUGGAAGUUUGGUGGCACCAUCGAACGCUCAGGCGCUAUAUGGGGUUAUUACCCAGAUCAACUACUGCGUGGGCAACGCCUCUGUUCCCACCGCCUGCCCUUCCAUGACGCCCCUCUUUGUGGCUCUCAACGUCACAGCAAGGCUACAGGAAGCCUUCCUCAGCGAGGACACUCCUUCUGGUUCUCCACUUGGUGCUCCUGCUCCGGCGCCUACUAGUCCCUACGCAGCAUGCUACAACACGCUCACCAAAGACUCCUUUAUCGAUGGCAUCAACCCCGCCCUGGUCCUGCCAAUGUGCAACAACACCAGAUGUGCAGCAGCGGCCGCGCGAGUUGACACCUGCAUCACCGCAGUCAUUGACAACAUUGCGGACCCGGAAGCCUCCCCCGCUGCAGCCCCGUCUCCCAGUGAUGCUGGUGAAGGUAGCAACAACCCUGACGUCAGUGGCAGCCUCACAGAGUUCUGUGCCAGCCCUGUGUGCAUAAGUACGGCGAAGGCGUUGUCCCCUCCAUCCCCGCCUCCUCCUCCCGGCAGUGCGGCCACGUUGAAGAUGUCAGUCUUGGGUGUUGCUACUCUUUCCAUGAUCGUCGUGGGGGCUGCGUUGUAA